UUUCAAUAAUCCAAAAUGGCGUAUAGAAGAAUAUGUUCUGAAACGAUCCUGUGAUUAUUACUAAUCAACAUUGGCUAAAGCUAGUUUUGGCGUAGGAUCAAAAGGACAUUGAUAGAAAGUUUCAGUCUUGUAGCUACAGAAUUACAAUAUGUGAAAAAUAAUACAGUCACUUGGUUCUUUAAUUGUUGAAAAAAAUCAAGUAAACACUAAAAGAAAAUGUCUCGUCAAUCUCUCAGUAUUGUUGAGUAUUAUGCUCAAGAAGAAAGACAUGCUUGUGGUUAUUGCAAAAGUCCAGAUACAAAUUUUAGUCAUGGUAUGUGGGCACACUCUUUGACAGUUCAAGAUUAUCAAAACUUAAUAGAUAGAGGAUGGAGAAGAAGUGGUAGUUAUUGUUAUAAACCUACAAUGGAUCAGACAUGUUGUCCGAUGUAUACUAUCAAGUGUGAAGCAUUGAGUUUCAAGAUCUCUAAAUCACAAAAAAAGAUUUUAAAACGUAUGACAAAGUUUUUAAGAAAUGAAUUAAAGAAAGAUGAAAUUAUGGAUACUAAUGAUGAACGGCAAGACAUUACUGAUAUAAAUUUUGAGCAAGUUCCGAAUAAGCAUGCGAUACUGGCACAGAAAAAUAUUUCUAAAUUAAAUGUAUCAUCGAUAGAUAAUGAACCUAAUGAAAGAUUAAAUCCUAACAUGCUAAAUUGUAGCAAGAAUUUCUGUGAUUUAAAAAACGAACCACAUUCAGAUAGUAGUGCAUCUACGCCAAAUCCUGAUGGAAAUAUACCUGUUGCUUUAGAAACAAAUACAAUACAAGAAGGCAAUAAUUCUAGCAGCAUACCUUGUAAAAAAGCAAAACUUUUACGUAUAGAACGCAAACAAAAGAAAUUGUUAGCACAAGGGAAAUCAUUAAAAGAAAUUGAAACUGCCUUUAAAGAAAGCAAGCAACAGAAUUACGUCAAAACUUUAGAGGAAUUGUUUGAUGAAAUAUGGACUGGAACAAAAAAAUUGGAGCUGAAACUAGUUAGAACCUCACCGAUGAGCUCUGGGUAUCUAAUGACUUCAAAAAAAUCUUAUGAGGUCUAUAGAAAAUAUCAAAACACAAUACAUCGGAUUCCAACAGAGAAGAUUACAGAGCAACAGUAUACAAGGUUUCUUGUGAAAUCCCCAUUACAGGAAUGGAUACCUGAAAAUGGCCCACCUCAAGGGUAUGGUUCCUUUCAUGAACAAUAUUGGCUGGACAAUGAAUUGAUUGCUAUUGGUGUAAUUGAUAUUUUACCAUCGUGCGUUUCAAGCGUAUAUUUCUUUUAUGAUCCAGAAUAUUCUUUUCUUUCUUUAGGAACAUUCAGUUCGUUGAGAGAAAUUUAUUUAACAAGACAUCUUAAUAAAGUCGCAAGUAACUUAAAAUAUUAUUAUAUGGGAUUUUACAUACAUACCUGCCCUAAGAUGCGGUACAAAGCUAGAAUGAAACCAUCUAAGCUAUUAUGUCCAGAAACUUAUGUUUGGUGUGACAUUGAACCUUGUUUAGCAAAUUUAGACAAAGAAAAAUAUUGUAGAUUCAAUGAGGACAUAGAUGCUAUAGAUGAAGAUGGUAUAGUGGAUAUUAAUAAGAUAUUAAUUUUAUAUGGUGAAAUGGCAAUGCCUUACAGAAUUUAUAAAGUACGUGCGCAUAGAGAUAUCAUAAAGCAAAAAGAAGAUGAACUGAAAGAGUAUGCUAACCUAGUUGGAAUGAAAUGUGCGCAAAGUUUGCUUCUUUAUCGUAGCUAAUUUCUAAAGGAUAAAUGACAUUAUUUUUUCGAGAGUAUAUAUUUUCAUGAACGAUAAUAAUGAACGAUUUUAUUUGUUAUUCUGGAUUUUGAGUCAUUAAUGAAUUGAAAAGUAAAAAAAAAAAAUAUUAUAUGCAAUUACAUGUGUUUUAAUCUAAAGACAAAUAUAUUAAUUAAUUAAAAUAAAGUGAAUUUCUAAUGUAGGAGAAAAAAAUU